UAGUUAACGACUGCCCACCGCCAUGGCCACACCGCGGCUCUGCGACUGUGAUAGCCCCCAGCAGCGAUUGCUGCAGUUCACCAACUGCCGCCUGGUGCGCGGCCACCAGUUGGUCCGCGACGACUUGUGGGUGCGCGAUGGCAGGAUCGUCAAUCCGGAGCCCGUGUUCUUUGACGAGCAGACCAGAGCCCACAAGCGCAUCGAUUGCCAGGGUGCCAUUAUUGCGCCCGGCUACAUUGACCUGCAGAUUAAUGGUGGCUAUGGUGUGGAUUUCUCGCACGACAAGGACACCAUUGAGGCGGGCAUCACCAAGGUAGCCCAGGGACUGGUGCGGUGUGGCGUUACCUCCUUCUGCCCGACGCUGGUGACCUCACCGAACGCCAGCUACCAUGCGAUACUGCCGCGCAUACCCAAAACUGUGCCAAACGGAGCCGGCAUCCUGGGCAUCCAUGCCGAGGGGCCGUUCAUAAAUCCCCAGAAGAAGGGCGCCCAUCCGGAGGACUGCAUUCAGACAAUCGACAAGGGACUGGAGACACUGGAGACCGUUUAUGGCUCGCUGGAGCGCCUCAAGAUCAUUACAUUGGCGCCGGAGAAGGUCAGCGAUCCGGAGGUCAUUGGACAGCUGGUGGCCAGGGGCAUAACCGUGUCCCUGGGCCAUUCCGUGGCUACACUGAGCGACGGGGAGCGUGCCGUUCAGCAGGGCGCCACCAUGAUCACGCAUCUGUUCAAUGCCAUGCUGCCGUUCCACCAUCGCGAUCCCGGCCUGGUGGGACUGCUCUCCUCGGAUGCCGUGCCCCAGGGACGGACCGUCUACUUUGGCAUCAUUUCGGAUGGUGUGCACACACAUCCCGCUGCGCUAAGGAUCGCCUAUCGCACCCAUCCCGAGGGACUCGUGCUGGUGACCGAUGCCAUUUCGGCCUUGGGCCUGGAAGAUGGCAUCCAUCACAUUGGUCAGCUGCCGCUGGAGGUUCGAAAGGGCAAAGCCUUUAUCGCCGGCACCGAGACUCUCUGCGGCAGCAUUGCGCCCAUGGACGAGUGCGUGCGCAUCUUCCACAAGGCCACAAAUUGCUCCAUUGUGUAUGCCAUUGAGGCGGCCACCUUGCAUCCGGCGCGUUGCAUCAAAAUCGAACACCAGAAGGGCACCCUGGACUUUGACUCGGAUGCCGAUUUCAUUCUGCUGGAUGACGAGCUGCAUGUACUCUCCACCUGGAUAGCGGGCGCCCGUGUGCAUCAGUGCGUCAAGUAGUACAUAAAUAUAUGUACGGAUAUGGCAACACGGUACUGGGAUGUAUUUAUAAUGCACGCAUGAUUCUCUGAUUAAACUGUGAAAUCUCUACAUUCCAAUGGAA